CCAUCAACUGGCCAGGAGGUUUUUCUGGACCCAAAGAUGGAAACAACACCGUUUAUUUAUGACUAUGGUACUGACUCAUAUCCCACCAAAACACCAUGUGACGUUGAAUUUGGCAACGAUCUGGGCGCUCAGAUAUCCAUCCUCUACUACUUUAUGUUCAUCUUCAGUCUUCUUGGCAACGGGAUGGUGCUAAUUAUCAUCCAUCGGUUCGAACGGCUGACCACUGUCACCAACAUCCUGCUGCUGAACUUGGUGUUUUCCUCCCUGAUCUUCAUGAGCAGCCUGCCCUUCACAGCUGUGUACAUGCAGCUCUCCAAGUGGAUAUUUGGUGGUGUUAUGUGUAAGAUUAAUGGCAGUGUCUACUAUCUGGGAUUCUAUAGUUCUGUCCUCUUUUUAACCCUGCUGACCUUUGACCGACACCUUGCAGUCGUAUACUCUCUGGCUGCACCGCAAAUGAGGAAUCGGAACUAUGCAGUAAUCUCUUGUGCUGUGGUGUGGCUGGUCAGCGGCUUGGCUUGCAUCAGACCCAUGAUCCUCCACAACACAUUUGUGUUUAUGGAAACAAAUUGGUGUGAUGAAUAUGCAGGUAAUCUUCCUAAUAUUGAUGUGGUCAAACUGAGAACAUCUGGAUUUUACAUUCAGCUUUUUCUUUUCCUAAUCUUUCCUCUGGUUGUUAUUAUCUACUGCUAUGUUAGGAUUGUGAUCACUGUUAUAUCAUCCAAAAUAGCUACCAAGUUCAAGACAGUCAGGCUGAUUUUCAUCAUUGUAUUGCUGUUUUUCAUUUGCUGGACUCCUUUCAACAUUGUGGUACUGAUCUAUGAUGAACCCACUACCUGUGAGGAAGUACAGAAGCAUGUUUAUGCCCUUCAUGUUACUCGUACCAUUGCCUAUAUGUACUUUUGUAUCAGUCCCCUUUUCUACACAUUUGUGGGGAAAAAAUUCCAGAAUUACUUCAGGCAGCUGCUGGUGAAACAUUUCCCAUGGUUGAAGAAGUACAUUUCUGUCGGUAAUACCACCAGAACUAACAUGUUUACAAAAAGUACACCCAAUGAAUAUUAGUCCAAAGUCUCCCAUGUAUUUGUUUCUGGGAAAAGACAAACAAUCAUAGUAGAGUUGUAGACCAUAGCUGUUGAGAGAAUGUUGUAAAUGUUGAGAGAGCUGUUGUAUUCUAUAAUACAGGACUGUCUCAGAAAAUUAGAAUAUUGUGAUA